AACAUCAAUCUGCAUCAUCCCAGAAGAAUUUUUAUGGCUACAAGAUGAUUGAUACUUGUACAAUUGCAGUCACUGAGAGAAGGUGCCAUGACCUUUUUCUUCAUAGCCGUGCUCUAUCUGGGGCUGAAUAUGGGCCAAGAGACCUCCGUGUUGGAAAGGAUUUCCCACAAGCCAACCCUCAGUGUUCAACCAGGAUCGGUGGUUGCCAAAGGGAAGCAGGUGAUCAUCUCAUGUGAGGUGACCACAGGGGCCCAGGAAUUCCGUCUUUAUAAGGAGGGGGGUCCACAUCCUUGGCGCACACAGAACACUCCGAAGGCCACAAACAAAGCUCAGUUCUUGAUCCCAUCAAUUGAACAACGAUAUGGAGGGAUAUAUCGCUGUUACUAUAAGACCUCCACUGGGUGGUCAGAGCACAGUAACCCUCUAGAGGUUGCAGUGACAGGACUCUAUAGUAAACCCAGCCUGGGCAUCCAGUCCAGCACUGUGGUAAUCUCAGGGGAGAUUGUGACCCUUCAGUGUGUUUCACAGCUCGGAUUUAACAGGUUUGUUCUGACUAUGGAAGGAGAACAGAAGCCGUUCUUGAUCCAAGACUCAGAGUUUAUAAACUCUACUGGGCAAUUCCAGGGCCUGUUUCCUGUGGGCCCUGUGACCUCCAGCCAUAGGUGGAAAUUCAGAUGUUACGGCUAUCAUAUCAACAGCCCCCAGGUGUGGUCGGAACCCAGCGAUCUCUUGGAAAUACGUGUGUCAGAAACAGAUCAGCUCCUCAGGCCAUCACCAAACACAACAGACCCCAAGACAGUCUCACAGCCCCAGGAUUACACAAUGGAGAAUCUCAUCAGGAUGGGGGUGUCAGUCUUGGUCCUUGUGCUUUUUGGCAUUUUGCUGUUUGAAGCUCAGCACAGUCAAAGACAGACUCAACAUAUGGCUGGGAGAGAAAGCAGUGCUUCUUUCAUGGUGGCAGAGUCCUGUGAAUAAGUCCAAGGAUCUCAGGUGAUUCUUCAAGAAAAAUCUGGGGCUAUAGUUAGUGGGGAAGCAUUUUCAGAGAUCAUUCAGGGAGGAAUGGGAUUUGAGUGUAAGGAAACACCUGGGUACUGUGGUGGAAACGUCUUCUAUAGCCAA